GUAAAAAUAUUUUUGCUGUGUUUCUAAAUAUAAAAAGCAUUACAUUUUGUUUAAAUAGUUUUACUUAAAAAAAUCUAAAAAAAACUCACCAUCGAAUUGUAAGCAUAUAAUUUUAUGAUGUUCAAACAUUUCGCAUAUCUAAACAAUUCAUUACAUUUUACAGGAAACAGUUGGAACCUUAAGUAUUAUCUUAUCUAAGAAAUAUUAGUAGGUUAAACCACGUCCGCAGUUUACACUAUACUCAAGCACAAUGGAAUAUUAAAACAGACAUUAAAAUAUUUACAGCAUGCAUUUAAGUGUAACACAUGUCAGUUUAGUAAGACUCGUCUUAGUGUAAAAGUGACAGAUCUUUCUUUAGUGUUACACAUGCAGUAUUUUAUACUAAUUAGUUUGUUGUGUCUAAUAUUUAAGUAUGCAAACACAUUACUAUGGUAUAAGCGAGUGAAUCGACAUACGGAUACAUCUUAUGAAAAUCUUGAUUAUGAAUAUUGUGAAUGCGGAAAGAAAAAUAUAUUUUUGCCGUCAUCCAGAAUAAUUGGGGGACAAGAAGUUUCUGAAAAUGAAUAUCCUUGGAUGGCUGGUAUUAUAAGCGUCAAUAGAUCACGAGUAAUCUGUGGAGCGACAAUUAUAAACGAUCGUUAUGUAUUAACAGCAGCUCACUGUAUUGUUUAUGGUUUCAAUAAAGAUGAUCUGAAGGUAUCUGUCGGUGCUCAUGAUUCAUGCAAAUGGGAUGCAAAGAGUACGAUUUUUUCUGUUGAGAAUAUUUUUCCACAUCCAAAUUAUGAUAGCCAAACAAAUUUUGCCGAUAUUAUGUUGGUUAAACUAAUUAUGCGAAUUUCCUUUAACAAAUUUGUUAGACCAAUUUGUUUACCAAAACCUGGACUUAAUGUUAUCUCUCAAUUUGGAGGACAAUCCGUAUCUGCACUUGGCUGGGGAUUCUCAGAAACUGAUACUUUAUUUAAUAAAAAAUGUGGUUUGCGUAUAGUGGAUUUAACAUUAUUUAAACGAUCGGAAUGUCCUACCGACACCUCGAGUUUAAUUUGCGCAGGAUAUAAAACAUCACCACGCGGUACUUGCGGGGGAGAUAGCGGCGGUCCUCUUCAGAUAUUAAAUGACAAUUAUAAAUAUAUCUUAAUAGGAGUUACUUCAAAUGGAAUAUUAUGCGCCAAUGUUAAUUAUCCAGAUUUUUUCACGGAUGUCGCGCGAAUGAUACCAUGGAUAUUGCAAAUAACGAAACGCGAUUCUAAGUAUUGCGGCACGCGCGUGGAGAAUUCUACGUUUACGAGUAAAUCCGAAUUGUGGGUUCAUGCUGCCGAUCUUUCAAUUGGCUUAGGAAUGCACGAUCUUGAAAAUUUAAACGAAGGAUAUGUAGCUCAAAUCGAUGAGGUAAUCUUACAUGAAAAUUUCGAAAGUGACGAACUCCAUGAUAUAAACGAUAUUGCCCUGAUUCGGCUACAGUAUCCAGUUGAACUAAAUGAAAAUGUGAAACCCAUAUGUCUCCCGCAUAAAGAAUCCCAUUACAAGGGACAUCAUGCCAAAGUUGCUGGAUGGGGACGUGUCCGUAGAGAAGGAAAUACGUCCAGAUUUCUGCGUCAAGCUACCUUGAAAAUAAUGUCCUGGGUCGCAUGUAGGAAUACUUCAUUUGGAGAGCAUCUCACGGAAUCAAUGAUGUGUGCUUAUAGUGACAAUAAAGAUGCGUGUCAGGGUGAUAGCGGUGGACCUCUUCUAUAUGAAAGAAAGAAUGGAAAAUAUGAAGUAAUUGGGAUAGUCUCCUGGGGUAUCGGAUGCGCCGAUCCUGGAAUCCCUGGGAUAUAUGUGAAAAACACGGAUUAUCUGAACUGGAUAAAAUAUCACUCCAACGACGGUAUUUACUUAUGGAUAGAUAGACUUCAUGUAACGAAUAUUAAUAAAAAUAAAUAUAUUCUAUGA